ACAAACACCUAGCGUGCCCUGCUAUAACACAUCUCUACUACUCCUCCGCCUGCCGUUGCCGGAAAACCAUGUCGGGGAAGGAGUGUAGCCACCACAAGGACCGGAAAAAGAAGAGAAUCCGGCGAUGCCUCUCCGGCCUUAUGAUCUUCCUCUUCGUCAUCCUCCUCCUCAUCCUGAUAAUCUGGGCCAUAAUCCAGCCCAAGAAGCCCAAUUUCGUUCUCCGGCAAGCCACCAUCUUUAACUUCAACGUCUCCGCCCCAAACGUCUUCUCCACCACCAUCCAAGUCACCGUCACCGCCCGCAACCCGAACAGUAACGUCGGAAUUUAUUACGACAAGCUCGACGUCUACGCCACAUACAGCGGCCAGCAAGUCACCUACUUCUCCGAGAUCUCGCCGGUGUACCAAGGCCACAAGGACGUCAACGUUUGGUCGCCGUUUCUUCGCGGCAAUAACGUCCCCAUUGCGCCGUUUUACGGCCCGGAUCUCACCCGGGACAAGGCUGACGGCGCCGUCUGGCUCACGUUCAAGAUCGCCGGCCGCGUUAGGUGGAGGGUAGGCGACGUUAUCACGGGCCGUUACCAUCUUCAUGUAGACUGCCCGGCUUUUAUUCCGCUGGGGACGACGCCCGGAGACGGAGGUAUCGUCGUGGGAAACACCGUCAAGUAUCAGCUUUCCCAGAGUUGCGACGUUAGCGUUUGAUGGUCAAGCUAGUCAACGUGGCAUGGUUUCCAACUGUUUGUCCAUUUUUGAAUUUCAUAGUCAAUAUUAACAAACUUUGGUAUAAAUUAAAUAAAAUGAUGUUAAAUAUUUAUUUAAUAAUAAUUUUAUUUUUUAUGUUAUAGAAUAUUCCGAAAAAAUAUUGCUCUAUCUAAUUAAUAUUUAAUAUAAUUUUUAUUUAAUUAUAAAUUAAAAAUAAAUCUUGAUUGGUUAU